UUGCCUAGACAGUUGGCUUGGAGCCCUGGCAGGUGCUGCGGCGGGCGAGGGCUUCCAGUUAUUGCUUCAGUGAUUGGCGGAUUGGAGCAUGUUAUUGUUUUCUCCAGUGUUUGGCUCAUCUAGCCAAGUGUGCUGCUCUCCAACCAUCUGAUUAUAAUGAUGUCUAACACAGGCACAUGGAUCCCUUUGUUUUGCCUUUGCCCAUUGAGCCAUCUUGCUGGUCCAGUGACAACAGUUUUAGAGUGAAGAGAGCCCCUAAUUCUCAUGAUUUUUUUAGAAACCUGUUUGGAGGUUAUGGCUGAUAAGCUGAAACCUGACGUCAUGGCUGAUGGGUCAGAACGACUUUUUUCCUUUGGAGUUAUAGCAGAUAUUCAGUAUGCCGACAUAGAAGAUGGAUACAAUUAUCAAAAAAGCAGACGGAGAUACUACAGACACAGUCUUCUUCACUUACAGGCUGCCAUUGAAGACUGGAAUAAAGAAAGCACCAUGCCUUGCUGUGUCCUGCAGCUUGGCGAUAUCAUCGAUGGCUACAAUGCACAGUAUAAAGUAUCGGAAGAGUCUCUAGAACUUGUCAUGAACACGUUCAAAAUGCUUAAAGUCCCAGUCCAUCAUACAUGGGGAAAUCAUGAAUUCUAUAAUUUCACUAGAGACUUCUUAACAAACUCUAAACUUAACACCAAGUUUCUAGAAGACCAGAUUGUACACCAUCCCAAGACCUCACCUUCAGAGAAUUACUAUGCCUAUCAUUUUGUGCCAUUUCCUAAAUUUCGGUUUGUUUUACUCGAUGCUUAUGACUUGAGUGUCUUGGGCAUAGAUCAGUCUUCUCCAAAGUACGAGCAGUGUAUGAAGAUGCUGAGGGAGCACAAUCCCAAUAAGGAGUUGAAUAGUCCUCAAGGACUUUCUGAGCCCCAGUAUGUCCAGUUCAAUGGAGGAUUCAGUCAAGAACAGCUGAACUGGUUGAACGAAGUUCUUACAUUCUCUGACACAAACCAGGAAAAGGUGGUGAUUGUAAGCCAUCUUCCCAUUUACCCAGAGGCCUCUGACAGUGUGUGCCUGGCUUGGAACUACACAGAUGCCCUGGCAGUCAUAUGGUCUCACAAAUGUGUGGUGUGUUUCCUGGCUGGUCACACUCAUGAUGGUGGCUACUCUGAGGACCCUUUCGGUGUGCACCAUGUCAACCUUGAAGGAGUUAUUGAAACUGCUCCAGACAGCCAAGCUUUUGGCACAGUUCAUGUCUAUCCUGACAAAAUGAUGCUGAAAGGGAGAGGCAGAGUUCCAGACAGAAUUAUGAAUUACAAGAAGGAACAAGCUUCCCAUUUUUAGUCUUGUUGUCUUGUUUCUUUGUAUAAAGAGAAUGAUGUUGUUUUGUGCUUUACCCAAUCACACAAAAAGUCAGACAGAAAUUCUCAGUCUCAUUGCUUAGUAUUCUAUUUGUAUACAUUUUGUAUAUAGAAUUUGUGGUUUUAAUGUGUGUUAGUGAAGAUAAAAUAUUGACAAAUGUUUUUGGAUAAUAUAUCCAAGUGGUGAAAGUUCAAAACAAAAUAAACCAGGAAAGAGCCUAUAAUGUGGGCAUAUAACCCUGAUAAGAGACUGUUUGGCCUAACUUGAUUUUUUUUCUUUCUGCAAGGAAAAUGUACUCAUUAACUAUAUAGCUUAAAAUAAUAAAGUCCGGGCAAGCUUUUCUGUUUA